AUGAAUCCCGAGACUCGCCCUUUUGACGUCAACCUCUCAACCUCGACCUCACACCUCAGCCAACAAAAAAACCUCAACAUGGAGCAACAACACAUUGACUCGCUGCUGGAGCGCUAUCUAAACCUAAUAGACGAAUACUCGCGCCUGCGAGAGGAACUUUCGAAGCUUCAGGCGGGCGUGUUUCAGAACAUUGCCAGAGCCAACUUUACUGGCGAGCGGGGCAUGAGAUAUGGUCAGGACCACUAUGACGAGAGGAUGCGCGCAUUAAGAGUGUUGGAUAUUGCGCCUGGAGGAGAUGAUGUACCUACUUUCACAAUCAAGAGCUUAAAAUCCCCUGUGGAUGACGAAGGUCAAAAGGAAGAGGAGAAACCCAAUCCUGAGGAUGAACAGAGCCUCGAGGACCAAGGCGAAGAGAAAGAGAAGGAGGAGGAGAUAAAGACAAAGAAGACGACCAACAACCCUCUGCGCUGGUUCAGUAUUUUGGCUCCCGCUCCCCUUCGAACCGCCCAGACUUUGUCUAUCCAGGCCGUGGAGCAGGUCAUCCCGCGGCUCAUCUCUGUCAACGCCGAGAUGGAGCACGUCGAGAUUGAAAUUAGGAGGGCACGAAAGAAGAGGGCAAAGGCGGCGGCAGCGGCUGUGGCAGAAAAGGAAGCUGUGGGCAUGGAGGCUGUUGAGGCGAGCUGA